AUGUUUUUACAAAGCCGACUAUACAUCUUGCUCAUCCUUCUGCUGAACUUUAUAACGAAAUGCCGUGCACCUCCGAUAGAGCAAGACUAUACUAUACCAUCUAGUGGAAUAACCGUAUUUUCAAUUGUAUUAACUAUCGUGAUUGGCUACCUGGCUCAUACCUUAACCGUUCGACCUCAAAAGCCGUUUGGAAAGAUGGACACCAAUUGUUUUCGCCUUUUACUAUUUAUUUUUCCAAUGUCGGGUGUAUACAUGGCUAUCUUUGCAAUCUACUCGAGGUACUGUGGUGAUAGACUCCUUGGAAUUGAUCAAUUUAAGAUACCACUGAAAAAAUAUGAGCACCGAAUCCGUAACAAAGACAUCACCAAUUUUCCUUCACCUCCACCAUUACCUCCACCAUCACCUCCCCUGCCUCCGUCUCUCCAAUCGUUUGCUCGGAUCUCAUCGAUUCCAUCGCUCUCAAAAGAGACGUACGGAUUAGAAGCAGACCAAUAUGUAGAUAAGAUUAAGAAGGUACCCAGUCCAGAUGAUUGGCUGUCAAACACCGAACGUCUGAGAGACUGGCUAGUGGAUUAUAUGAGGACCAGCCAAAACAUACAAUUCAAAAAGUAUGACAACGCACCCUAUCUCGCAGCUCUUUUACACACCCUCGGGCCAGAAAAGGCCAGGAAAGUGAAGCAUUGUAUCAUCAACAACAAUCUGCUUCUCGGAUUUGACUCUGCAAAGUAUACCAGUUCCCCGGGCUGUGUCGAACAGAUGACCAGUAAUAUAUCCGUCAAUGGUCCGGGAGUCAAUUUGCGAUACCAAUCUUCUAUAAAUGUAGGUUUGGUUCGUUAUAUGUCAAUCGAUUUGAUGAACCAACUUCAGACGGCUCACAACGUCAACAGUGUCCCAUACACCGAAGCAUUGGUUACGAUUGUGCAGCUGGUCUACAUCACCAUCAUAUGUAUCUAUGCCAAUGGAGACAGAUGGGCCAAGGUUCCCAUCUUUAUUUAUGUAGCAAUGUCAAUCCUUCAGACGGUUUCUCUUAUCUUUCUGCACAAGCAAACCACGCCGUUUAGUAUUCAUUACGACUCCGAUGUACCCUGGAGAGAGAUUGUAGAAGACCAUGAUGUAUAUACACCAAAGGCAGUGAACCGAAUGUACUUAUCCGACAAAGACAACCGCCUGGUCAAUACUUGGGGAGAUAGCCGACGAGAUUUGUUAUACAAGGGUAGUUUCUUACAUUUUAUUCUGGAGAGAUGUGAAUUUAAGCAUGGAUCGGAAGACAUAAUGACUGAGCGCAGUUGCCACUUGAUGGCGAUAUUUUCUCUGAUCGGAGGAGCAGUUGUGCCUCUGUUGAUCUGUAUCUGGGCAGACUACAGCAGCCACAGCACAACUGAAUCUCUUAUUCUGGUGUGGAUUGUGUGUUCUGGAAUUGCUAAUUUUGCAAUGAUAUCUUUUUCGAAUGAUGAGACACCCAUCAAAGUCCACAGAUGGCUUGUUGCUUUUUACUUUCUUGUCAGCUUUGGGUGUCUCAUUUCAGGAACAAUUAUUGGAUACAUACCAAAAUAA